UGGCGCCUUUUUUCUCUCGGUGGCGGUUUUCCCCGCUCACGGCUGAACAAGCUGAUUUUUUUAGUUCCUAUUUAGCAGUGCAAAGAUGGCAGAGAGCGGCUACGAGUCGGUGAUAUGUGUAAAGCCGGAGGUGCACGUCUACCGCAUCCCGCCGAGGGCGACGAACCGGGGCUACAGGGCUGCAGACUGGAAGCUGGAUCAGCCGUCAUGGAGUGGGAGAAUGAGGAUCACUGCGAAGGGGAAGAUUGCAUACAUUAAACUGGAGGAUAAAACAUCAGGGGAGCUGUUUGCCCAGGCGCCGGUAGAGCAGUACCCAGGGAUCUCGGUGGAGAGUGUCACUGACUCCAGCAGAUACUUUGUUGUUCGCAUCGAGGAUGGAAACGGACGUCACGCUUUUAUUGGGAUCGGAUUCGUGGAUCGAGGGGAUUCCUUUGACUUUAACGUAGCGCUUCAGGAUCAUUUCAAAUGGGUGCGGCAGGAGGGAGAGCUGGCCAAGCAAGCGCAGAGUGGGGAGAACGCCGGCCCCAAACUGGACCUCGGCUUCAAGGAGGGACAGACCAUCAAAAUCAACAUCGGGAAUAUAAAGAAAAAAGAAGACAAAACAUCUAAGUCCCGACCAGCAGGCAGUGGCUUUUUACCCCCUCCCCCUGGAGGGAAGGGCAUUGGUGUGAUCCCACCCCCAGCAAGCCAGCCUCCUGGAAUCAUUGAGCCACCUGUGUCUCAGACGCCACAGACAUCUACUUCAGCAGACGUGCUAUUUGAUCUCAGCCCCCCGGCCCCCUCCAGCGGGACUGAUAUGUGGGGUGACUUCGCCGCUGCCCCCAGGUCAGUUAGUCUGAGAGGGGCAAUGGGGGCAUUAAUCAUCUGGGUGAUGUCAUUUCACCUCACCAUCUUCAUUGUGCAGUCAAGACAAACUUCUGCGCUCAGCUCCUGGUCAGACCCCUCAGACACCAAACUGGGUCCAGUUUUAAUGGAUCCCAGAUUUCCCGGUUUCACAUUCCCAGGAUGAGGGGCUCGUUUGCAGUGAGGACCAGCGUUUUUACUGCCGGUCGGCGCUGUGGGAUUGGGGAUCAGAUUUGGAGCACUUCGAUUCUGGUAUCGCUCCAGUUAACUUGGUGUUCACUUUUGUGUUUUACGUGGUCCGGCCCGACCUGAAUCUGUAGUUCAAAGGAGAAGUUCACUUUCUACUAUGAAUCAAGGUAAAAUGUGUCCUGGGGAAAGAAAGUUGAGGAAGAUAUCAUCUGGAAAAAUGCAUUGCAUAAUACAAAUAUAAACCAGCCAGUAUCACUGUGGAAAUCUGCCCUCUUCCCACUAAAAAACACUUAAUUAAAAUGAAUGAUUACCAAGCUUUUCUGCAGUCAUUUAACCCAAGGUGCUUUCAGUCUGGAUCAGCGAUUGCAUUCUAUAUAGAAAACCAACACAAGAGUGAACUGAACCAGCUUCGACCCCAGAGUGAACCAGUCCCAAUUGAACAGACAUCUUUAUUUCUCAGAUACUGGGAGUCUCUCUGCCGGUAGCAGGAUAUUUUUUUUUUUCGGGUUUAAAUUUGGGAAAGUUUAACCCUGUUUCCUGAUUCCAGGGAAUUCCUUUAACUUCCAUUCCAUCCCCACGUCCCUUUCCCCCCAAAAAACAAAAACAAUUUUACCCUCAGGCGUUAAGGCUGUGGAUCGCGUAUUGUAUGCUCUCGAAAAACAUGAUCUGCGCAAGUUCAAAAUCGAUCUGUUAUAUUGAAGUUUUGAGCCCACUAAAAAGAUUCAAUUCUAAUGAUGCGAGACAGCUGUGCUUGUGUGAGGGCACAGAAACCUCACCAUGGAUCGCAUGUUACAGUAUUCUAAAUUGACAUUAAAUAUUCAUGUAUAUCACAAUGCAUUUUAUAUAUAUGUUUUUUAUCUUCCAGAAUAUUUUUUUAAAUAUACUGAAAUAUCUAAAAGUCAUAUGAAAUGUGUUUUGCUAUUUUUCCCCCUUGUGUGAGUAGCCCUCCAAGGCAGCGAUCUUUGAGCAUCACAGCACCUUAUCACGACUGUGUAAAAUGACAGUGUGCCUGUUUGUCUUGAAAUGUUUUGCAAAGAGGCUUAGGAAGGUAUUGCACUUUCUAAGCUGAAAUAGUGCUAAGGAUGCAAUUUAGUAUUCCAGGAAUGUGCAGUCCCCAGGCCAAAAAUAAGAGAUCUGUCUGUCAUAGAAACUGGAACCUUUACAAAUAAGCAAGUUAUAGGAAAACAUUAUAUGUUGUGUUUUUUUUUUUUUGGGGUUCAAUUUCUACUAAUACCACUAACAACAAAGCGUGAUAGGCACCAUACCUUGAGCGUUCCCUAAUGCAGUUCAGUGUUCUGACUUGAAGGACCACGUGGUUAAUGGGUCUUAAUAGAGGAAUUCUGCUGUUUAAUUGAAUUGUCAUAGCAGUACCAGUUUUCUGUUCUGACGUUUUAAGUACGUGAGUUUUUAUGAAGCUACUUUUUAAUGUAAAACCCAAAGCUUGCAGCUACUUGUGAGGCACAGCAUUUUCCCCGAAAUAGAGCAUUCUGCAUGUUGUAAAAUAUCACUUUUAUUGUACAGUUGAGGUGUGUAGCCUAAUGCUAAGUCGAAAAUAAGUGGUAGGUUAUAAAAUUACUAUGCACAGACCCAUUAAAAAAAAAAAAAAAAGAUUU